UAUAAGUCGAUAGUUUUCCUAAUUAACAAAAGAUGUGACGCGCGUGGGAUUCCAUAAUAAUCUUUUUCCAUAAUCACGUUUGCGUUUUGAUUGGUUAUUAAGCGCUCUCUCUGCCUCAACACACUCACUUUCCCUUCUUUGCUUCUCUUCUCUUCUCUUCUCACUUCCUUCACUUCACUAACAACAAUUCACUUGUGAUUAUUGCUUCUCUCUUUCAAGGUUUGUGGAAUCUGGUUCUGUUUUUCGAUUUUUUUGAGUGUCCAAUAACUUGAAAAUUAUGUAUCCCGGUGGUUAUACUGCUGAAAUUACAAACUUAUCUCCAAGAGCUACAGAGAGUGACGUGCAGAAUUUUUUUGGAUACUGCGGUGUAAUUGAGCGUGUUGACGUGAUUAGAUCCAGUGAAUAUGAUUCUACUGCAUAUGUGACUUUUAAGGAAGCUUAUGCCCUGGACACUGCAUUAUUGCUGAAUGGAUCAAUGAUUUUAGACCAAUACAUUUCCAUUUCGCGCUGGGGAGCUUAUACUGAUGACAGUAAUUGGAACAGUCAUACAUCAAACCAUGAAGACAGUCUUUCAUGCCCAAAAGAUAUUCACAUGGAUAAGCUUGUUUCUUCCCCUGGAGAAGCACUAGUUAUGGCACAAGAGGUUGUCAAAAUAAUGGUAGCUAAAGGAUAUGUGCUUGGCAAAGAUGCAUUUGUGAUGGCAAAAUCUUUCGACGAAUCACGCAAUGUAUCAUCUACAGCAGCAGCCAAGGUUUAUGAACUCAGCAACAAAAUUGGGCUGACAGAAACCAUAAAUUCAGGUUUUGAAACUUUUAAAUCUGUUGAUGAAAAGUAUCAUGUUACCGAUAUCACAAAAUCAGCCGCAACGGUAACGGGGACAGCAGCUAUAGUUGCGGCAACGGUUACAGGGAGAGCAGCUGUGGCAGCUAGUAAUGCUAUAGUGAAUAGCAGCUAUUUUGCAAAAGGAGCUCUUUGGGUUUCUGAUAUGUUAUCUCGUGCAGCGAAAUCGGCAGCCGAUUUGGGUCAGCAUCAAGAUAAAUGAAACUCCAUAACAUUCACUACUGUCUAAUGUGUUCGUUGUUGUACACAAAGAAAAAGCAACAAUUGUUUGGUGCAAAUGUUCAUAUCAUUAGUUUUGGAGGAUCCAUGAUAAGAAUCAACUUGUUUGUGCAUCCUUUUAGAAAUAAGAACACUUGGUUGAGUUUCUAUUUGUAUAUUGAAUUUCGUCUUGUCUAUUUUUGUAUUCACUAGUUUUGAUGAGUUCAAUUACUAUGUAUUCAUAGCUUAACUUUCUGAAUGGAUGAAUAGACAAUUUGGUUGUUGAAAUUAUAAUCAUUGGUCAAA